UCACAUGACAGCCGUGGUUACCAAGACAGGAAGUCAGCAUUUUCAUGUGGGAGAAGAUAUGAAAUUCUAAAAAAAUGGAGGAGUGUACAACAGCGUCACACUGCUGAAGGAAACAAAAGGAGGAGAAUUCAGACAAGUGAAAAGAGAAUGAGAUUGAUAGAGAGAUAAGCAGAUGUGAAAAACAUUUCAAACUCCACAAAUCAGCAUGUGUUACUUCAUCCUCGAGACUUGGAUUAAGUCAGUCUAAAUAUUUUUAUUUAUUUGUAGUAAGGAAAAAGAAUACAUAACAUUUUAGAAUUGCUUUUGAAAAUGGCACUUUGAAGGUACGUUUACUACAAGUGCGUUGAAGUGCGCAUAAUCCGUGAGUAUAGCAAUAAAGGACGUUUAAAGGUCAGAGACAAGAAGUCUGACCAAAGGUUUGUAGCGAUGGCGAAUAGUUGGACAUUAACGGUGAUCGUCCUCCUGAGUGUCUUUAUGGCAAGAAGUCAAACAAGAGGAGAUCAAGACACUGUUUCACAUCAGAAUCAAGCUUCUGUGAUUGAAAAACUGACAGUUUUCACAGAGCAGACCUUUAUUUCGGGCAGAAAUGUGACUUUACAGUGUGGCAAUGUCACUGAUGUCAAAUGGAAAGAAUUAAUUUAUAUUGUCUGGAACAUCAGCCUGCAAGGCAGGAAAUGCUGGCUUGGUUUGUCACCCAAGCUGGACAACACAUGUAAUGAUGGAAAGAGGCUGUACAACACCUCAGAUGGAGUUUCCUUAUUCAUUCCCAAGAUUUCAAUAGAAGAUGAAGGAUUUUACUCUUGUGAUGUAUCAUAUAAAGGAGGAAGCUAUGCUGUAAAUGUGACUGUAAAUGUUAACCAACUUACCACAAGGCUGGAAAGUGAAAACAGUCUAAGGAUUGCUAUCUGUAGUUCCACAUCUAAAAAGACAGAACCCACUCUUCAUUGGGAACCUGCCUUAAACUAUUCCUCCAAUAACAGUUCUGUCAAGAAUGGCACAUCUUUUAUAGUGGUUAAUCGAUUAUAUCUGCCGAAUGAGGUCAACAUCAGUGAGCUCACCUGUGUGGCCACAUACAAAUCUGAGUCCGGCUCUGUGCAGCAGAAUAGCACACUUCAUCUCACAACAGGUCCAAAAGACAUAAAGCCCUCAUUUCUACUGGAAACGAUUGCCAUAACAGUUGGUUCUGUUUGUUUUAUUCUUGUAUCUCUGGCCAUGGUUUACAUUCUACGCAGAAAGCUUUAUGACUUAAGUGCACUGAAGAUGCUUUGCUGCAAAUCCAAAAUCUCAACGACACCCGAAGACAAACCACCCCAGCAUAUGUCUGUGUGUACGAAGCCUGCUGAUGUUGAAGAGGUGGAACCCUAUGCAAGUUACAUACAGAGAGUCAACUCCAUCUACAACUCGUCAGCUGAACUCUUCAACGCUUGAGAGACACUCACUUUUCAUGAUGAAACAGGAUACCAGAGCAAAGAUAUG